AUGAGCAAGCAGCAGCAGCAGCAGGUGCAGGAGAAAGAGCAGGAGUUGCAGCUGACCAAAGUCAGUUUGGAAGAGAAGGAUCGCGAGCUGGCCAAGCGCGACAAGGAGCUGAUGGAGAAGGAGGGCGAGCUCUGCGAUCUGCGGUCCGCCCUCUUUCGACCCGCUGUUGCGCUCGCAAGCCUCUGCUUGUGUUCAUCUCUGCAUCCUUGGCAGGCGGCGAGACCAAGCAGUCGAGCAUUUCCUAACAUCUACUCACCUACUCGUACCAUAACUACUUUACGCCUUGCGGUAAGAACUUGGUUUCUGCUACCGAGCUGCAUGGCGAGCAUGGGGCGAUGCCUGCGCGUGCCUGCGCUUCUGUUGGCAGCUGCGGCUCCAGUGUGGCCACCAAGGAAGCGUGAGCUGCUGAGGCAUCACCCAAUGUACGGACGGAAUCUUUCUCAGGAUGAUUGGCCAGAACUGUCUCAGCUGAUCGACCGUGCUCGUGGCCUCCCAUCCGGCCCAUCCUUUCGCGUGGCGGCCCUCAUCGAAGGUGAGGAGGACGUCUAUGCGAAGGAGGUGGCUCUUUGGCAAGCGGGGGUGGAUGUGUUCCAGCUGACCUUCAAGACCAUCAGGGCGGACACCUUGUUCUUCCCGAAUUCCAUGAUCGCAGAGGGUCGAAACUACCUCUUUGCAGCUGCCUCGUAUGUGGAGCUGCAGAUGGGCUAUAGGUACACCUACUACUGCUACUUUGACGCAGACACUGCACUCGAGAACUGGCAUGUGGGAUGGCACAACUUCGAGAGCUUCCUGCGCGAGUGGGAGCCUGCAGUGGGAUUGCCGAGCCUGGACGGCUACAGUAGCGUCCUGGAUGUCUAUCGAAAGGAGGACGGUGCCGCGGUGAGAACCGUUCUGAAUUUUGACCACACUGUAGAAGCCGUGCACUCCGAUGCUGCGCCCCGUUUACUGCCCUAUGUUCUUGACCUUGACGAAGACUGCCAGUGGGUAUCUCAAUGGCGUUUUGCCUCCCUGGCAACUGCCUUGUUCCCGGAGCAUGUCUUGUUGACGCAUGAGGUUUUGGUCCAGAACACUGCCCAUGGACACUACAGUAGGGACUACUGCCUGGAGCGCAUGAUGGAGGCAACAAUGGAGCUCCGAGCGAAGAUGCCCCAGGCCGCCAGCUGCUUCGUUGAACCCCGCAACGAGGCUCUGUCGCUGAACGGAAAGCUUCGUCUAUCCGCUUAUCUGCCCUGGGCCAAAGCUCUGAAGCGGUCGGAAGCGGAGAAAGCAAGGCAGAACUACAACAGCCCAGAGAUUCUCACCUCGCUGCUGCGGGGUUGCGAGGACCUGGGGGCUGUGAGGGCAUUGAGCCAGGAGGCAGACCACUCCUGGUGCCGUGGCUGCCCAACGAGCAUGGCCUUUGCGAUGCUGCAGUACAUCGUCGUGCAGCGCCCUAUGGAAUUCGUGGGAUGGCUGCGCCUAGCGGACUUCACAGCCGCGGCGGUUGCGAAUCGCGACGAACUGCUUAUCUCCGAGAUGUGCCUCAGCGUCGCCGUGCGGAUGUUGCGCUGCAUCAAGGGGAUUGAUGGCAGCCGCGUCUCAUGGAAGGAGCUCAAGAAAUUCCAUGCUGCCCAUGUGGAGUUCGGAAUCCGCGUAGAGCCGAAUGAAGAAACGGUGCAGGAGAUUGAGCGGCUCACGCUGACUCCCUCCCGCCGAGGCCCGCAGGGCCCGCCCUUUGCCUCUGCGUCCCCAAACGGUUCCCAGAGCCCUAAACCCUAA